GUUCCCGUGAUCCCAUUGACGGUCGACAAGAUUUUAAAACACAAUUUAUAUAAAACUAAAGUCGUUUCGUUGCCCAAAAACCACUCGUGAAAACAAAUUAACUACGCUAAUUAUCUAUUUUGUCAAAAUUAAUACCAUCUAACUAGAAAACCGAGUACUGAGGUCACCAACUCACCACUCUUGUUGUUUUUCUCUUUGUUUUUCUCCCUGUUGGCUUUCUUCCUCUAUCUCUUUACACCAGACACGCUCUUCGAAAUAACCCAUGGAUGCUUGAUUUGUUCCUUCCUCCUACUUUUCAUUCUCCUAUAAAACUCUGUCUCGGGCUCGCUCACCCAUUAAUUUUCUCUCUUUAUAUAUAACAGUAAUCAUCAUCGUCGUCAUCUCUCUCUCUCUCUGGUUUACUUCGAGUUUGACUCACAGUUCCCUUCUUCUUCAUACUCUUUCCACUCCCACUGAUGAGCAGUAUUCUUUAGUCCCACAGACCCUUUUCCGUUCACUAUAUGUAUUGUUUCCGUAUUUUAUAAGUUCUGCCCGUUAUCUUCAUCAACCGGAGGAAAAUGGAGAUGGACCCUUUUAGGUCGUCGUGCUACUGUGAAUAUGGCCGAAAUGACGACGUUUCUGUCGCGAGUUCGGAGAAGAAGUCAACGACGGAAGCAUGCAAGAGUCACAAGGAAGCAGAGAGGAGACGCAGGCAGAGAAUCAACGCUCAUCUCUCCACUCUUCGUUCUCUUCUUCCUGACACCACUAAGACGGACAAAGCGACGUUGCUGGCGGAGGUGGUGCAUCACGUGCGCGAGCUGAAACGUAAGGCCGCUGACGUGGCACGGCGGAAUUUAGAUGGAAACGGAUUGGAGCCUGACCCGUCGACGUGGCCGUUUCCCGGGGAAUUGGACGAAGCGACGCUGAGUAACUGCGACGGUGGGGCAACGGGACUCGUCAAGGCAACUCUUUGUUGCGAGGACCGGCCCGGUCUGAACAGGGAUUUGGGUCGAGCUUUCCGGUCUUGUCGAGCUAAACCGGUUCGAGCCGAUAUGAUGACGGUUGGUGGGCGGAUCAAGAGCGUGGUGGUGACGCAAUGGGCCGGUAAUGGGGAGAAGGAGAUUGAGGCCUUGAAACGGGCUUUGAGAGAAGUCGUUGAGAAUCGGGUGCCGGGUUCGGGUAUGCCCCGAUAUGAUAAACGGGCUCGGAUUUGUGGGUCCUUUGGUAAUCGUGGAUGAACAACGGUGAGAAUUUGAUUGUUUGAAAUUUCUGAACAGCGCAAAUUUUACACGAGAAGAAAUGGAAACUGAAGAGGGGAGGAGGGAAUAUGGGGUUGUAUCUAGGAUUGAAACGCUGCGUUUUAAGGUCAUGAGAUCAAACCGACAGAUCAGUUUGGAUGUAGAUAAGAAUUGCUGACAUAAGCAGGGUUUUUUCUUUUUUUUUUUUUUUUGGGUUAGAAUAAUUAAAUAAUAAAAGUUGAAAUUGUGUGAAAAUGUUCAGGAAGCCAACUAAGAAUUUUGUGGUCUAACUACGUUGCGUGAGGAGUCGGUUCGCAUACAACUAAGCACUAAAAAAUGUAAUAUAACACCAUAUCCUCUUACACGUGGACCAAUAAUGUCAAUCACCUUAUUUUUUU